AUGGAAUUUUUCAAUGCUACUUUCGCUUUGCAAGACUUAGAAGAACUUGAAAAUAAUGAAACUAAUGAAUUAAUCAUAAACCUAAUGACAAAUUUAUUAGACUCGGCAAUUGAACGUGAGAUAACUAAUUUUAACAAUUUAAAUAAUUCUCAAAUACCUACAAAGGAUGUUCUUAAUGAAACACAAAUUGGUGAUAAAAGUGAUACUGAUGAGAAGCUGCCUGAAGUUCCUAUUAUAGAGGAAUUAAAUAGUUUAAAAAAAUUUGUUAGCUUUUUUGAACAACAAAAAAGCA